CUAAUGAGAAACCCGAACUAGUCCUUGUUUGGUUUUCCAAGGUGCGCUGCCCACACAUUUUGCUCUUAAUCUCACAAGCCCGCUACCACUCAGGGGCUAGGCAUGAUGUAGGGGGUGAAUACCCGAAGGUGGUUCCCCAACAGGCAGUUUUCACAAUCUAAGACUACACGUAUUCUUCCUGCAGAAUACAACCACGGUUUCAGAAGCCGAGUAGAGGAGAGUAAUGCUGCGUUUUGGAAAGUUGAGGCCUGUACUCAGGCUCCAGACUCCCCUUAGGAAGGCGGCCUGAGGCGCAGCCACAACUGGGUUCCCUCCCUCCUGAGACCAGAGCCACCCAGUGUGUGCAGCCAGGUCAGAAUCAUUGCGGUCAACAAACACUGCUUUGACCUCCCACAAAGAACAAGGGUAGUUACAAGUAUUGAGCUCUUUGCUUUAGUAGACAACUGCGCUAUGCAUCCAGCCUGGUUAUCUUUUUUAAACUCCCACAAUAACCCUAGAAGAGGCAAUCCGACUCCUUUAUAUAGGCCAGGAAACUGAAGACGCCCAAAACCAAAUACUGACUCAGGCCAGGAUUCGAAGCAUAGAGCUUCUGGACACCAACAGAACUCUUGUCGUCUUGUCUUCUACAGAACUGCUCUCAGAAGCCACUUCGAGGGCUGCAAGGACAAGUACGAUCUGGAUCCUGCCCUCAGGGACUCACAAUCUAAAGUGACAAUCAGGCGGAGUACAGCAAUGGCACUAGGUGGGGGAGUGACAGGUGACAUUACUGAGCAAGUUCCGAGCAAGAGGAUCUCAGGUUAGGCGAUCUGGCGGCGCUUCCUUCGAGGUAUUUGAGCAGAACCUCGGAGAAUAGAUUUCCAUUCGUGGAAAUGAGGGUGGAAAAGGCACUCCAGGCGGCGAGAACAGCUAGAGCAAAGAUGAGGUGGAAUUUGACACGUCGCUCGUAUUUCCACACUCCUCUCCUUAGAAAUCCACAGUCCGGUAUUUACUGGCCAGGAAGUUUUCCUGCCCUGAAGCAACUGGAAAGCCACAGUGCUAUGGCAUCCUUCCAAGACUUUGUUGGUUCAUGGACAGUGAGCCUCUCAGAACUGCCCCUGGUCGGGAAGAUGCAGCUAGGUGGAGCGGGAAUCGGCGAUUCAGACACCCGGUUCUUUGCAGCUUCUCCCACCGCGACUUGGACCUCAGGACCCUAUUCCAGUCCCUGUCUAUUUCUGGUAGCGCAGCAACAUCCCACUGGGUGGACGCAGAGGGCGUGGCGCACAUACACCAGAGCCAAUUGGGAAGGAGGCCAGGAUACAGACCCCGCCCUUUGACGUGACGCAGGGCCCCCGGACAGAGGCUUCACAUCCCCGGCCCCAGUCCUUGCAGUGGCUGUAACAAAACCCAGACCCCCAGGUCCGGGCCAAUGGAGGCGAUUUAGACUGGAGCUGGACCGCGUCUGUCAAAAGCUCGACUCCGCACCACCGUGGAGUCCAGAAGAAGAGCUGGAGCCACCGCACUCCCUCCCCGCCCCCGCCGGGAUUUAUUGAGUAUUUGGACUGGACAAUUAAGUGGCCCUGAUGAUGUUACCAAGCCCGGUCACCUCCACCCCUUUCUCAGUCAAAGACAUUUUGAAUCUGGAGCAGCAGCGGCACUUCCACGGAGCUCACUUGCAGGCGGAACUGGAGCAGCACUUCCACUCGGCGCCCUGCAUGCUGGCCGCGGCUGAAGGGACGCAGUUUUCUGAUGCAGGGGAGGAGGACGAGGAAGAAGAAGGAGAGAAACUGUCCUAUUUGAACUCACUAGCUGCUGCCGAGGGCCACGGAGAUUCGGGUCUCUGUCCUCAGAGCUAUGUCCAUACAGUUCUUCGAGACUCUUGCAGCGGGCCCAAGGAACAAGAGGAGGAGGGUGUGAGUGAACGGAGCCAAAAAAGCUGCCAGUUGAAGAAGUCUCUCGAAGCGGCGGGAGAGUGUAAGGCGAGCGAGGAUGGCGAGAGGCCGAAGCCGCGCAGCCGCCGGAAGCCGCGGGUGCUCUUCUCGCAAGCUCAGGUCUUCGAGCUGGAGCGCAGGUUCAAGCAGCAGCGGUACCUGUCGGCGCCCGAGCGCGAGCAUCUCGCCAGCAGCCUGAAGCUCACGUCCACGCAGGUGAAAAUCUGGUUCCAGAAUCGCAGGUACAAGUGCAAGAGACAGCGGCAGGACAAGUCCCUGGAGCUGGGGACGCACGCGCCGCCGCCGCCACCCCGCCGCGUGGCAGUGCCGGUGCUCGUGCGGGACGGCAAGCCGUGCGUCACGCCCAGCGCGCAAGCCUACGGCUCGCCCUACGGCGUGGGCGCCGGCGCCUACUCCUACAACAGCUUCCCCGCCUACGGCUACGGGAACUCGGCCGCCGCAGCCGCCGCUGCAGCCGCCGCUGCCGCCGCCGCCGCGGCUUACAGCGGCAGCUACGGUUGCACCUACCCGACGGGCGGCGGCGGCGGCGGGGGCGGCGCGGCCUCGGCGGCGACCACCGCCAUGCAACCCGCCUGCAGCGCCACCGGCGGCGGAUCCUUUGUGAACGUGAGCAACCUGGGAGGCUUCGGCAGCGGCGGCGGCGCGCAACCCUUGCAUCAAGGUGCGGCAGCCGGGGCCGCGUGCGCGCAGGGGACCUUGCAGGGCAUCCGGGCUUGGUAAGGUCUGGGCGGGACACGCGGCGGGCGUCCUACCGCACGCUGGGCGCCGCGGGAACGAGACACGAGAAAGGACAGACCCAAGGGCCAGGUCCCCUCGUUAAAAUAAAAUACAGACGUAUCGCUCCUUCCAAGGGGCCAGGGUCGCAGCACACUCCAGGCCUGGGGUAUGGGGCUCAGAGGAGAAAGGACGCCCUGGUCCAGUCGCCAAGACUGUCUGAGACAGAAACACCGGCCAGGCGCCAGGGAAGAGGUGGCCCCCUACCCUGACUCUGCGGGGAGUGCGGGAGGCUGGGACUCCGGCUGUCGCUUGCUCUCCGGAGAAGGAGGAGGAGGAGGGCUUUUCUCCUCCAGCCUUCCCUUGGCCUUCUCGAAGUGUGGUCGGAGAACCGGACCGAACAGGAGGGAAGGAAAGAAAAGAAAAGGAAAGAAAAGAAAAGAAAGAAUAAAAGAAGAAAAAUAGCUGGAGAGAGAGCAUGAAGGAGAGGAAAAUGGGGUACUAGGUUGAGAAAUUCCAAAGAUCUGCAGCCCCUUUUGCUUGCCGGGAGCGCCACCACGCAGUGGGGUUUUUUUCGUUUUCCAACUGUUUCCCUUUCGAGACAGACUCCGCCCGGAUCGCUGGAUCGUCAGGGGACUCUUCUUGGAGACUACCAUGGCAGAGAGAUCGAAAGUUGGGGGGAAGGGAAGCAGCUGAGCAAAUCUGAGACCUGACGGCCCAACCUAGGUUGUCGCCAGGUCGGUUUCCUUUCUGUUUUGUAUUCUGUAUUCCGCACAUUAUCUCUAUAUAACUAUAUCCACACGCCGUGUACACAUCCGCAGUCACACACUACAGGAGUCAAUAAAGAAGGUGCAAUAUUUCUGA